AUGUUUUUACGUGAUGAUGACGAAGAAGAAAAUCAAUCUCCUCUACGUACAAGUGAACCUGAUAAUCAAAUAGUAAAUAAAAGCUCAAAACUUUAUCGUGAACAAUAUGCACAACUAGAUGAACCAUCGAGAACAAGUGUUCAUUCAAGUUCACUAUUCGAAUUAAAAUCUCUGGCAACGACAGCAACCAGAUAUUUAUCUCCCAGUUUGGCUAGCACAACACCGAUUGAAUUCGAGCCUAUUUUAGACAGAAUAUCAACGAAUGAUUGUAUACAUAAUUGA